AUGAGUCAGGCGAGCAGAUUCAAGCGGAUGUGCGUCUUCUGCGGCAGCAGCCAGGGCAACAAGAGCAGCUACCACGACGCCGCCAUCGACCUCGCCAACCAGCUCGUGGGUGGGGGCAUCGACCUGGUCUACGGCGGCGGCAGCAUCGGGCUGAUGGGGCUCGUCUCCCAGGCCGUCUACCACGGCGGCAGGCACGUCAUCGGGGUCAUUCCCAAGACUCUCAUGACACCCGAGAUCGUCGGGGAGAUGGUGGGGGAGGUGAGGCCGGUGGCCGACAUGCACCAGUGGAAGGCCGAGAUGGCCAGGCUCUCGGACGCCUUCAUAGCCCUGCCCGGAGGGUACGGGACGCUGGAGGAGCUGCUGGAGGUGAUCACGUGGGCGCAGCUAGGAAUCCAUCACAAGCCGGUUGGUCUGCUGAACGUGGAGGGGUACUACGACUCGCUGCUCACCUUCAUCGACCAGGCCGUGGAGGAAGGCUUCAUCAACCCCGCCGCCCGCCGCAUCAUCGUCUCCGCCCCCACCGCCCACAAGCUCAUGGAGAAGCUCGAGAAGUACGUGCCUUACUACGACAUGGUCGCGACCGGGCUGGACUGGGAGACGGAUCGCCUAGAGUUCUGA